ACAGCACCUGAAAAAGAGAGAGACAAGAGUUCAAGCAAGGAUGAAGAAAUUUAAAGGGGGUCUGUGCCUUGUGCUGAAGAUGGUGGAGUGGUUUUCUCCAGUAUUAGAGUAACACACAAGAAAGGAGCAGCUGCGGUGGCAGAUUCAAAGAAUGCCUCAGUUUGGUUAAUACUGAGACUGGGAGAGAAGAAACCACCUUUUACUUCUGCAGCCUGGGGGAGGACAGGUAGAAAUAAAGGAAUAGGAUUAAAGCGCAAGGCUCCCACCCAUCUCCCUGUCUAUGACUCCCUAAAAUGCAGCUUAGCCAGUGAUCAAGCUGUGAAGGCCUCAAUCACUCCAGGCCUGCCUUUCUGCUCUGACCCUGCACCUGGAAGCGCUGCCAGGAGCAUGAGUGUGGGGAGGCUUAACCGCUACAGCAUUGUGUCAUCUGAGGAAGAGGGCCUUCGCCUCACUACCAUGCAUGGCAUGAACGGCUUUGGCAAUGGCAAGAUCCACACACGCCGCAAGUGCCGCAACCGUUUCGUCAAAAAGAAUGGCCAGUGCAAUGUGCAGUUUGCCAAUAUGGAAGAUAAGUCACAGCGCUACUUGGCCGACAUCUUCACCACAUGUGUCGAUUUUCGCUGGCGAUGGAUGCUGGUAGUCUUUACUCUUGUGUUUGUUAUCUCCUGGCUGGCCUUCGGCUUAGCCUUUUGGGUCAUUGCUUUACUACAUGGAGAUCUGGAUAAUCCCGCCGGAGAUGAUAACUUCACUCCAUGUGUUCUACAAGUCAAUGGAUUUGUGGCUGCCUUUCUAUUCUCCAUUGAAACACAAUCUACUAUAGGUUAUGGCUAUCGCUGCGUGACUGAGGAGUGCCCAGUGGCUGUCUUCAUGGUGGUCUUCCAGUCCAUAGUGGGCUGCAUCAUUGACUGCUUUAUGAUUGGCGCCAUCAUGGCGAAGAUGGCGAGGCCGAAGAAGCGAGCACAAACCCUGUUAUUUAGCCACAAUGCUGUCAUUGCCAUGCGGGACGGAAAGCUGUGCCUCAUGUGGAGGGUUGGGAACCUUCGCAAGAGCCACAUUGUAGAGGCCCAUGUCAGGGCACAGCUCAUCAAACCUCGGAUCACUGACGAGGGGGAAUAUAUUCCUCUAGACCAGAUAGACAUUAAUGUUGGCUUUGAUAAAGGCCUGGACAGGAUUUUCUUGGUUUCGCCCAUCACUAUUCUGCAUGAGAUAGAUGAGGAGAGCCCCCUAUUUGGGAUCAGCAAACAGGACUUGGAGACAGCAGACUUUGAGAUUGUUGUCAUCUUGGAGGGGAUGGUUGAAGCCACCGCUAUGACCACACAGGCUCGUAGCUCCUACUUGGCCUCGGAGGUCCUUUGGGGUCACCGUUUCGAACCGGUCUUGUUUGAGGAGAAGAAUGUGUACAAGGUGGAUUACUCUCACUUUCACAAAACCUACGAGGUGCCGUCCACCCCCCGCUGCAGUGCCAAGGACAUGGUGGAGAACAAAUUUUUAGUCCCCAGCUCUAACUCCUUCUGCUAUGAAAAUGAGCUGGCCUUCCUAAGCCGGGAUGAUGAGGAGGAGGAUGUAGGUGGUGGGAGCAGGGCACUGGCCAACCUCAGUCCAGACCGAAACAGCCGACAUGAGUUUGAACGCUUACAGACCACCAGGGUGCUGGAUCAAAGGUCAUAUCGUAGAGAGUCGGAAAUAUGACCUCUACCCAUUGACCCUGGGUCAACAUUCAAUAACUUUAUCCAAGGGUAAAAAUGCAGAACAAUGCAAAGUGCCAUAGGAAAAGCUGAUUACUGUGAAAGAUUGGGAAAUAAAUAAGACAACAGUAAAAGGGACUUUGCUGGAAGAAAUGGGGGAAACAAGAGUACACAGCUUAGAAAAUUGUGGUAAGGAAUGUCUACAAUCAAGGAAAAGGCUAGGGAAAGACCUUCUUCCUUAACUGAAACUUGAAUCUUUUUUCACAUGGUCAUUUUGAGUUGAGUGUUCAAUGAUGCAUCAAAAACUAUUAUAACAAAACCUUAUAAUCAAGUCUUAGGUGUAAAUACAUUGCUUAGUUAAGUUAUGUUUUGUGUGUUGUAUCAGUUUCCAAAAACACUUCAAAAAAUAGAAGUUGCUUUUUAAACUUGUUGCAAGGCUAUUCUUGAGCUCUCCUUGCAUUGUUGUAAUUUGCUGGACCUGUGUUCAUUGACACAUUGAAAAUCCGCGCACCGCAGCGUUUAGAUGCAACAAGACGUGAAAAAACAUCUGACCGUGAGCCACUGAGAACAACACAAUUCAACACCUUCAUUUUAGAAUUGGUGUGAUCCCAAAAUCUACGAAUGUAGGCAGAGUAGGCAAAGUAAUUGCACUAUAAAGAACAUAAGGAAUUAUGUUGAACAGAAAUGAAAUUGUUUCGAGGAACAGUCUAUUUGCAAUCUCUUAAUGCCUCAUAUUUUAACGUUAUCUUAAAAACAAACAUCUUACAAGCCACCGACAUCAUGAUUUUUGGCUGCAUUGGCCUACACAUAUCAUGUAUCAUGUACAGUAAACACAUUGAUACAUAGUCAGGUAAACAAAACACAAGCACAAAUAGAAGACUGUCUUAAAUUAACAUUGCAGGAUACAGGUUGCAAUAUCCAAGUUUGUAUUGAUCACAUUAAUAACUUAAUAGCAGCAAUUUGUAACUCCAAAAAAGAAUGCUUCUUGAAAUGGUACCUUUACCUUCACAACAAAAAGUAUCUAAUAAGCUAAGUUAAACUAAAACUUGUAUGUUGGUAGUUACAUUUAUAAACAAGUUAUACAUUGACCACACCAAUGUUUUUGUCCUUACAAAUUAAUCUAUGCAUAUUGUUAACAGUAUCAGAGGCCAGAAAUCCUAUUCAGUUCUGUGUGAGAAUAAAUUGUUAUGACAUUGCUUUAAUCAAUAUCUAAUACUUAACGGGAAAUUAGAAAAACUAAAUAUUGCUAAAACCUUUAAAAUAUAAACAGGAAGAAGAAUGAAUGCAAGAAUGAGAAUUAUUUCUAACCAACCAACAUGAAUCCAUUCCAAAUGCUAACUGAAGAAGCAUUAUAAGGGCAAAUGUGUCUAGAACGCUUUGCAUUAUGCUAGUAGGGUUAGAAUGCUCCAAAUGUGUUAGUCAGCUUUAGCUGGCCCUACAUUUCUAUCCAUUUAACAUCCAAAUUGAAUAGAUUUAACUGCUCUUUACAUUAUUAAUAACAGAGGCAAUCUAUAUUUCAAAUUUUACCCCGGUUAUAGACUAAUGACAACAUAUUAUUUAAUUAUUAUAUGACAAAUGUAUCCUUUAAACUAAAGAAUGAAGUGAAUGUGUGCAACACUAAAUUUGGCUACAAACCCAUUUUCCCUUUCAAUGUUGUACACACAGAUACAGAAAAUUAGAUACAGUAAAAUAAAUAAAGAAGAAGUAAAAAGCUUCCUCCUUCACUCCUUAUAUUGAUUCCUCUGGCAUUUACAAACAUCGCAUACUGUAGACAGCUAAAUGCAUUUUGGCAAUAUGCUAACACGAUGAGUUAAGACCAAGGUCUGAAUGAAAGCAAUAAAACCUCAAGCACACCUUUCUGAAUUCAUUUUAGUAUGCAUCAUUUUAAUGAUUCUCUUGUAAUGUACUGAACAUGCAUAUUUAUAUUAUUGAUUGAAAGAUAACAAAUGAAAGAAAUGGUGUGAGGAGAAUGACCCUGCAUUAUUUAGAUUGUAUUGUACUUGUAUGAAUAUAAGUUCUCAGAUUUGAUACCAAAAUAUUGAUUGCAGCUCAGACUUAAGUUUUUAAGUCAUUGUUUCCAAAGUAAUGUUCCAAAAACAGUGUAGACUGAUCUUAGUAAAUAGAUGAUCAUAUUCCAAAAAGGUGUUUGAGUCUCCAGUUUGCAAAUGUUAUCUUUACAGACUUAAAUAAUUCCAAAAUAAACGCCAUUGAUGAAAGCAAAUACCUGUUCAAUGAAUAGAAUAAUGAAAGCAAACUAAACAUUUAAGUUGUAGUCAUAGAUUCAAUCAUUUACCAUACAGUACUUUAAGAGACACAAUUAUAAUGCAUGAAUAGCUUUUAUUCUUUGGCAUGGAUAAAGCAUUUAAAAAAGAUCCCUUAUUCUAGAUGCCUAGACAGAAUUUAUCAUUUAAAGUACCUCAACAUGUUUAUAUUGUGUCACAAAAAAA